CUUAAGUUUAAUCAGAGCGAGCUUAAGAUCGUAGGCAAAAGAGCCCAGCCCAAGACUUCAUCAUACAUGCCGAUGGAUGGCAGAUAGGGUGGGUUUCCCGACCGAUUUGAGACCCUCGGCAGUAUUCAGCGUGCGUGUGCGCAGGGAAAAAUGGGACUUGAAUCCCUUCCUCGGAGUAUCUUUCUUCCGCCCCUUUUAUUCCCCCCUUUCCUUCGUGGUGCUUUGGGCUUCCUGCCCUUCAGGGAGAAGAAAGAGGGAGGGGAUGUGAAGAGAGUACGGUGCAAUUUGAAAUCUGCCUUGCGAUAGAAAAACCUACCGCCGCUGCUUAAUUCUGUAGGCAUUCAAAGCCAUUCCGGGAAGAAUGGGAAGCAGAAGCUGCUGCAACUGGAAUUCUCUGCUACAAUUCACGCCUACAGUGACUUCUGUUGCCCCUUUAAGCUUUUGCUUUAAAAUCACCUUGGAGAUUCUUAAGAAGUGAAAUAGUGAAGAAAGUCUGUGGUCUUCUUUAUGCUUCUAACCAUGUGUAGACAGGAAGAUCCCAUGAAACUGGUCACUUGGAUCUGGAUGGUCUCCUGCAACAAGAUGAUAGGAGUCCUGCUUGUCUUUUUUCCUGCUAUCCUCUUGGAGAUGGAUUUUCUCCCCAAGAAUACUGGGAGAAAGGUUUUGAUUUCAGCAGCUACCUCCCAAAGAUCAGUAGCCAGAAUGGAUGGGGAUGUCAUUAUAGGAGCCCUCUUUUCAGUCCAUCAUCAACCCCCAGCUGAGAAAGUACCAGAAAGGAAGUGUGGUGAGAUCCGAGAGCAAUAUGGCAUCCAGAGAGUUGAGGCCAUGUUUCACACUUUGGAUAAGAUAAAUGCAGACCCAAUUCUGCUGCCCAACAUCAUUCUUGGCAGUGAAAUUCGAGAUUCCUGCUGGCAUUCUUCAGUAGCCUUGGAACAGAGUAUUGAAUUCAUAAGGGAUUCUUUGAUCUCUAUCCGAGAUGAAAAAGAUGCCCUGGGUCGUUGCCUGCCAGAUCCUUUAUAUCAUCACCAGAUCAGGGCUAAAAAACCCAUUGCUGGUGUCAUUGGUCCAGGUUCCAGUUCUGUAGCCAUCCAAGUGCAAAAUCUGCUUCAACUUUUUGAUAUUCCUCAGAUUGCUUAUUCUGCAACCAGUAUUGACUUGAGUGACAAAACUCUGUACAAAUAUUUCUUGAGGGUGGUUCCAUCUGAUAUUCUGCAAGCUAGAGCCAUGCUUGACAUCGUCAAACGUUACAACUGGACAUAUGUAUCCGCUGUGCAUACUGAAGGAAACUAUGGAGAGAGUGGCAUGGAAGCUUUCAAGGAACUGGCUGCCCAGGAAGGCCUUUGUAUUGCUCAUUCAGACAAGAUCUACAGCAAUGCGGGAGAAAAAAGCUUUGAGAAGCUUUUACAGAAGCUCCGGGACAGGUUGCCGAAGGCCAGAGUUGUGGUUUGUUUCUGCGAAGGGAUGACUGUCAGGGGAAUCCUCAUGGCUAUGAGACGCAUGGGAGUAUUUAGAGAGCUUCUACUGAUUGGGAGUGAUGGAUGGGCAGAUAGAGAUGAAGUCAUUGAAGGUUAUGAAGCUGAAGCAAGUGGGGGCAUCACAAUUAAGCUGCAGUCUCCAGAAGUCUUAUCAUUUGAUGACUACUUUUUGAAAAUAAGACUGGAGACCAACAAAAGAAACCCUUGGUUCCCUGAGUUUUGGCAACAUCGCUUCCAAUGCCGCCUGCCAGGUCAUCCUCUAGAGAACCCCAACUUUCAAAAGAAUUGCACUGGCAAUGAAAGCUUAGAAGAAAACUAUGUCCAAGACAGUAAAAUGGGAUUUGUUAUCAAUGCAAUCUAUGCUAUGGCUCAUGGCUUACAAAAUAUGCAUCAUGCCCUUUGCCCGGGACACGUUGGACUCUGCGAUGCUAUGAAGCCAAUUGAUGGAAGUAAGCUUUUGGAGUCUAUCCUCAAUUCAUCAUUCACUGGAGUCUCAGGAGAAGAAGUACGGAUUGAUGAAAAUGGAGAUGCUCCUGGAAGAUAUGACAUCAUGAACCUGCAACAGAUAGAAUCUAACCGUUAUGAUUAUGUCCACAUCGGGACAUGGCACGAGGGAGUCUUGAAUAUUGAUGAUAACCGAAUUCAAAUGAAUAAAACCGAAAUGGUCCGGUCUGUAUGUAGUGAUCCAUGUUUGAAAGGUCAAAUUAAGGUUAUAAGGAAGGGAGAAGUGAGCUGCUGUUGGAUUUGUACAGCUUGCAAGGAGAAUGAAUUUGUGCAAGAUGAGUUCACAUGCAAAGCCUGUGAGCUGGGAUGGUGGCCAAAUGAGGAGCUGACAGGCUGCAAACCUAUCCCUGUAAAGUAUCUGCAGUGGAGGGACAUAGAGUCCAUUGUGGCUGUGGUCUUCUCUUGCCUGGGCAUCCUCGUCACCAUGUUUGUUACCCUUAUCUUUGCACUGUACAGGGAUACCCCCGUCGUGAAAUCCUCUAGCCGGGAGCUGUGCUACAUAAUACUUGCGGGGAUCUUCCUUGGUUAUAUAUGCCCUUUCACCCUCAUUGCUAAGCCCACUGUCACUUCAUGCUACCUCCAGCGUCUCCUGGUGGGUCUUUCGGCUGCCAUGUGCUACUCUGCCCUUGUAACAAAAACCAACCGCAUUGCACGCAUUCUGGCAGGGAGCAAGAAAAAAAUUUGCACCCGGAAACCACGCUUCAUGAGUGCUUGGGCCCAAGUAGUCAUUGCCUCCAUUUUGAUCAGUGUACAGCUGACAUUGGUGAUUACACUGAUCAUCAUGGAGCCCCCUUUCCCCAUCCUUUCCUAUCCCAGUAUCAAGGAAGUCUUUCUGAUCUGCAACACCAGCAACUUAGGUGUGGUUGCCCCAGUGGGUUACAAUGGACUUCUCAUCAUGAGUUGCACUUACUAUGCUUUCAAAACUCGCAACGUGCCGGCCAAUUUCAAUGAAGCCAAGUAUAUUGCCUUCACUAUGUACACAACGUGCAUCAUCUGGCUUGCCUUUGUACCUAUAUACUUUGGGAGCAACUACAAGAUCAUUACAACUUGCUUUGCCGUGAGCCUGAGUGUGACAGUUGCCUUGGGGUGCAUGUUCACUCCCAAGAUGUAUAUCAUCAUUGCAAAGCCUGAAAGGAAUGUCCGCAGUGCCUUCACCACUUCAGACGUGGUGCGUAUGCAUGUCGGGGAUGGCAAGACACCUUGUAGGUCCAACACUUUCCUCAGCAUAUUCCGGAGAAAGAAGCCAGGCACUGGAAACCCAAAUUCUAAUGGCAAGUCUGUGUCAUGGUCUGAACCAGGUGGAAGAGAAAUUCCCAAGGGACAACAUAUGUGGCACAGGCUCUCAGUGCAUGUGAAGAAUAAGGAGCUAGGAUGCAAUCAGACAGCAGUGAUCAAGCCCCUAACUAAAAGUUAUCCAGGUCCAAGCAAGAGCCUCACUUUUUCGGACAUCAGCAGUAAGACUUUGUACAAUGUUGUGGAGGAGGAAGCAAGCGAAUCAGUGCACUUCAGCCAAAUGAAUAGUCCUUCCAUGGUUGUACACAGAAGAGUGAUGGUGAUGCCUCCACUGCAGGCAGCAGCAGAGGACAUACAGAGUCCCAAAGUCUUACCACCCCCACCCCCACCUCCACCACCACGAUCCAUUAUGGAGCAGCUGCAGGGUGUGGUCAACAAAUUUUCCACGGGCAUUCCUGAUUUCAAUGCUGUAAUGCCCGUGUCUGGUGCAGGAAACGGACUGAGGCCCAUCUAUCAUCCUCCAGCAAUGCAGCCACAGAUAUUGCCACUACAAAUGGGCACUUUCAGUAAAGAGCCAGUUUCACUCCCAUCUGAAGAAGAAGAGGAGGAGGAAGAAGAAGAAGAAGAGGAAGAGGAAGAAGAAGAAAAUGAAAAGUUUAAGCUUAUCCAAGAUUAUGUGUAUGAGAGGCCAGGAAAUUUAGAGGAGGAGGAGGAGGAAGAAGAGGAGCAGGCCACCAGCAAACUGACUCUAGAAGAUUCACCAGCACUGACACCUCCAUCUCCUUUUCGAGAUUCAGUGGCUUCAGGCAGCUCUGUGCCCAGUUCUCCUGUGUCCGAAUCAGUGCUUUGCAUACCUCCCAAUGCAACUUACACCGCCGUUGUUUUGAGGGAUUACAAGCAAAGCUCAUCCACUUUGUAGAACAGAAGCUGCUCUGGUGAAAGCAAAUAGAUCAUGUCUUCUCUCUGAGCUUUAAUUGGACAGGGAGAAAUAGCACAAGCCCCCUGGGGCAAGUGAAGGCCAAUGAGCAUGGUGUAAAAGGUGGGGCAAAAAUUUGUAUCCUGCACUAAAUCCAUUAGAGAGCUCCAGUUCUUUACUUGUUAUGUGUGUGGUUUUGUUUUGUUUUUUUUUAAAGGAAAUUAUUGUGUUCAAGAGUAGUGUAUUCUGAGAAGAUCAUCGGAAUUCUGACAAAGCACAAAUCCCAUGUACAACUUCUAUAGCAAAAAGGAAGUGUAACAGUAACACCCAGUGUUCACAAACACACAGUCACAUCAUAUACAGUACUCUCUUGACAACACUUGAAUAUGACUGCGUGUUAAAAGUUAGAGGAGAACCAUGCUGUGUCUCCACAAUAUGCAUCAUCAUUGAAUGCAGCAGACUGUACUGUAAUGCAGCGACAUUUGCCUGAAAGGAGAAAAUAUAUUUUGCUAAACCAUUUUUAAGUGGAAAUAGCAAGACAUCUCCUGAAAUUUAUGUUGGGGGAGUCACCUAGCAUGUUAGCAUAUAGCUCAUAAAGAACGUUUAGAAAAACUGAUUUAGCAUUCCCCCCUCCCCUUGUAUACUAAUUUUUUUAAAAAAAAACCUGGAGUAAAGCAUAAGAAAGUCACAGAAAAAUUUAUUGAUACAAUCAAGUCCAGAAUCCCUGUAGUUUUGAAAUCUUUGAUUUGCCAUUGUGAUAGAAGACUGCAAGCCAGGUGACUGUUAACACUACAUUCCCUGUAGCAAAACAAUAGUUACUGACUCAACUUUAAUAAUCCAAUGAGAUUGCCAUGUAAUUACACUGUUUGUUUGUGUUACUAUGGAAACAACUACAUAUAAAAUAAUUAUAUAUUUUCAGCAACAAUUACUACUUUAAGCAAAAAGUUGUUCUUAAUAGCGGUUCAUUAGAUUCAUAGUAGAUGCAAGAGAAUGAAUGUUUCUGUCUUCGUAUGUGCGCGCGUGUAUGUAUUUGUAUAUAUGUAACUGUAUACAACAUGUGAUGUGUAACAUCUAAUAACUGCCACUGGAGGAUUGUCCUAGAAAUAUAUUAUGAAUAUUUUUUAUGUUUCAAUCAUGUUUUAUAUUGCAUUGUUUAAAAAUAUAUUAUAAACCUUUGAAGAUUUGUAUGUCGUGCUGAAACAUUUUUAAAGAGCUAAGCUGCCCCUUAUAACAGGGUGUUUGAUUUUGCUGAUAUAUUUGCCAUGUGGAAUUAUGCUGUUGAAAAUAAUCAGUGCUCCAAUAAGUUGUUAUUUCAUGUGAUUUAAGGAAAUGUGAUUAAUAAAGAAUGCAUCUCUUUUAGAAAUUUUGCACAUGGCAGUAUUAAACCUUAAACAGAACCUUCAGAAAAAUAUUUAAAUCAUGUUUAGCUUCCUUUGGAAAAGUAAAAUAUAUAUUUUGCCAUGGUAAAUACAUAUAUAUUUAUUUCCUCCUUUAGCAAAACCUAUGUACCUGACACCAUUCUCCACUGUUAAUUUUCUACUCCUGCUCUGUAGAUUUCCUCCAGUUUCACGAUAUUCCCCCACCUUCUCCAGAUUUAUUUUCUAAUAAUAAUAAUCCUUGGAUCAGAUUUGUGCCCACUCUGUUUUUUUCUUAUCUUUUUUCUUAUUUUUGUCAUCUAAGAAAAGGAGAGUUAAACUAAAAUCAGAAUCCAGACACAAGGAGAAUUUGGAAAACCAUGAAGUUGCACCUAGGUGAAUCUGAGUAGGACAUUUACAAGAUAAAUGUUUCCUCUUUUCUGUCAUAUGUCCUUCUAAAAAUCAUUCUUCUGGACACUGGUUUUGCAAUAAUCAGACUUGCAAAGUUCUGCUGUUAUAGCCGAUCUCAAUAAAAGUAGUUUUAGCGUUCCUGUAGGAUUGAUUUUUGAUCUGGUCUACCUAGUGCAGGGGUGCCAAACUCAAGGCCCAUGGGCCACAUCUGGCCCACAGGGUGCUUAGAUCUGGUCCAUGGGGCCAUCCUGGAACCAGCAAAGGACCAGCCCACGGUGCCUCUGCCAGCGAAAACGGAGCUAGGGAGGGCUGUGUGCAGAGGGUGGCAGAGGAUGUCCCAGCCGAAAACUGAGCUUGCAUGGCCCUCCUGAGCUCCAUUUUUGCUGGCAGAGGGUUGCAGGAGGCCAUUUUUGCUAGCAGAAUGCUCGGACCAUCACAGGCGCCUCUGACAUGAGUUACAUCAAGCUGGCCAUGCCCACCCUGGCCACGCCCACCUCAGCCCCCCAAAGUCAAACACAAUCCUGAUGCAGCCCUCAAUGAAAUCGAGUUUGACACCCCUGACCUAGUGGGACUGACACCAAUCUUGCAAGUCUCAGUCUUAUAUUUGAUCCAUUUUUAUAGUUCAGUGAAUUAGGAAGUAUCUGAGUCAUUUCCAAAUGUUUGCUGGACCUCCAUCAAAAUAAUCUUUUUAGUCUCUACACAUAUUGUUCUGGUUUGCUCUUUUAGGACUAACUCCAUUCCCCUAGUAAAGUAUCAGCUGUUCCUCAUGCAUCUUUCUGAGGCACCCUGAACCUCAGGAGCAAUCAUUCCUAUAAUCUAAAGACAGCUAUGCACCAAUGGCUUUAUGCUCCCCACCAAAAAAUCUGGAAAAUAUCUGAGGCAGAUAUAAAAUUGACUCAGAGGUAUGCUAGCAAAAACCAAGCUGUAUAUGUCUCUGAAACAUAACUUAACAUUUUGAGAUAUAUAGAGCUUCUGUGUUCCUCUGCACCAAAGUUGCACACAAGUUCCUUUUUUUCAGAGAGGGCAAGGGGCUUUUGGAAAAAUAUAUUCCAUCAAAAGCAAGUGGGUUUUUUAUGUCUGUAAUGAUUGUGAGAAUUUGAUUUAUUGCCCAACUACUAUAGGAUACUUUAUAGCUUAUUCUAAAAACUUGGCUAAAAAUACAAUGCUUUACAUGAAAAACCAUAAUAAUCAAAGCCAGUUUAAAGAUAAGGCAUUUACCUUAUUUGUAUUUAAAUCACAUAUCUUAAGUUACACCUCCAAUAUUCCAGCAAUGGUACCAUACUUUAUGGAUAAGAGAAGCAAUUUAUAUAGACUUUUGCCAUGCAAUUCUAUAAAAAUAGGUGAAUACAGCAAGGUAACUUUGUCCUUAUAUUAAUUAACUUUCACUGAACUAAGUUCAUUUUUAUUCUGAAAUUUAGGAAAUGGGCAAGAGCCAAGGUUAUGCAAGCAAAUAUUGUAUGCAACAGAAUUUUCAAUUCUGCCCCUCCUAUGGACCCCCAUAUCUUUCUAAAAUCUAUCCCAUAAGAUCUUCAAAUCCUCUGAAACACAGUGUGCUAGACCAGGGGUGUCAAACUCAUGUCGCCACUUGACGUAUCAUGACUUUUUCCCCCUUUGCUAAACCGGGUGUGGGUGUGGCCAGCGCGUGAUGCAUCCGGCCCACAGGCCGCAAGUUUGACACCCCUGUGGUAGACAAAGGGAAGUACAGUGGAAGGCAUUAGGCACAGAGGAACAUUCCAUUAAUAUUGGCUAGUUUCAGUACCCAAUACAUACAUACAUACAUACAUACAUACAUACAUACAUACAUACAUACAUACCCUAGAUGUCUCUCAAAAGAUUUUUACAAUUUUUGAAUAGUAGACAGGGAAUCAUCCGGUACUGCCUAAGAACUAAAAUGAACUUGAGAAACAAAUAUAUCUAUAUCUAUAUCUGCAGUACAGAGCAGUAGAAUAUAGUUUUCUUUAGCUAAAUUGGUUCUACAAUGUUGAUCUGAACUGGAACAUCAUUUGAAAAUGGAUAAUACUGUAUUUUUCCCAUUUCUAAUGUAACAAGGUCAACAAGCACACAAAAAAAAUCAGUAUGUCAUACAACUUCUGUGCUAGUUAGAGAUUGCAAUUUGUAUUCUGUUCUGGUAAAUCUAUAAGCACUAAUUUUACAAAAAUAGCUACAAGAAACAUUUAAUUAAUGCUUCAAAUAUUAGCUUUUAAUUUGUAAUGCAACUGGGAACUGGAUACCUAGCUACUGGAUACAGUAACUGUCUCUCUGAAGGGCAAGAUCUCACAAAAUAUGUCAUUGCACAAAUUUCUGAGAUAUCUGUAAAAGUUUUCUUUGCUGUCUAUUGUAUGAUUAAUUAAAAUUAUCUUUAUAA